UUCAUAUCCAAGUUACACGGGUGCACAAAGUUUGUGUUGUUAUCAACAUUAGGUCAGAAUAGUAUUUGCGUUUCUUGAAGACAGUUCGUCUGAAUUCUACGGAGACUUUUGCUUGAGUUUCAUACAGCGAUUAAUAGCGAAAUCUUUCGACAUGUUUGACCAACCACAGCAGUGGCUUUUGGUUUUGACUUUCAGCAUGUUGACUGGGCCGUUUUUCGAGCCCAACCCGGAGCCCAAACCACCGGCACCGAACCCCUGGCAGCCACCGUGUCAGUUCAACUCCACACGCGGUAUGUUGCCGAUUGGAUCCAACAACAAGACGCAUGGUCCUCUGGUCGAGCAGGCGGAGCCAUUACUCGGCCAUCACCAGGACAUCGUCAUGCCGAAUAUCAGCCGGUUGGUGACGGAGCCGGUCCGCCUGGUGGUCGCGGACCCGCUCUUUCCCGCCCUAGCGGUGGAAGCAGCACCACCACUCAUGGCACCAGCUCGACCUAGCAGCGUCGUGUUUAACAGCAGCCUCUUGACGAUGAAGGCCGUCCGUCCAGAAAUAUUGGACAUGCCCUUCCUGCCUCCAGCAGCACUACCACCGAUAUCUCAAACUGCAGCAUCACGUCCACCGCUUCGUCACAUACUUCCAAGCCGGAUGUCACUCGUCAUCAAAGUGCUCUGUUCUAGUGUUGGUGUCUACUUCAUCAGCGACCUGAUGGUCGUCCUGUCUGCCGUCCUUUCCACCUUCGGCGGCAUGACUCGGAAGAUUAAGGCGGCCUUCUCCUGCCUGAAGGAUUGGAUCUUUGCCAAGAUAAAGAUGAUCCAGUGGCUGCAUCUGAGACCUCAUCCAUCCAACUUAGAGGUCGUACUGGUUGAGCCAUCUCAGCUCCCAGGAAAUCCGGAGGAAGACGACAGUAAUACGACAGAGACCGAAGUGACUAAUUCACGCCCAAUAGAAGGGAGAGUGACGGUGAUUUUCCCAGCUCCUCGGCGGCUCGUUAACUCGGAACCACAAGAAGACAAAGAGGAAGGCAAAGAGGAGGACAAAGUGGAAGACAAACUGGAAGAUAAAGAGGAACAGAACCCCUUGCCUCCAGACCCUCAAGAGAAAGACAGCGCCGAUAAAUCUGACUCUGACGACACCACGGAGGUUCUCGUACUCAAAGUGAAAAAUGGUCUGAUGGGCAGAGUUAUUGGCAAAAAGGGCUGCAUCGUGAAAACCAUGAAGAGAGACCUGAACCUGUGCAUCAUGUAUGGCAAUCUGGAUGUGGGAUGUUCCUUCUUCCGUGUGGAAG